CUACCAAUAUCACAGACAGACAGGGACGGUGGAGCUGUGCCGCUGUGGAGUAAGAGCAAUUUAGAUUCGAGAAGAAACGAAUAUUAUGAAUUUGUAAUCAAAUCUUAUGACUCAAAAGAAGUUAUCGAGAACGUUACCUGUCAUAUCUGUGAUAUAAAUGUGCCGAAAGGGUAUUUAAACGAACAUAAAAAAGGUUUCCGACACAAAUUCAACAGAAAAGUAGCUGAUACUGCGCUAAAAAGGCUCCAGUUAUACGUGAACAAGAAAGAUAUCAAUGAAUGUAACGAAAAACUUUCUUCCAAAUAUUUUUGCACCGAAUGCUCGAUCGUAAUCGACAGCGAGGAUGAAAAGUCACACAAACAGACAACAGGACACAGAAAUUCCCUUUUCUUGGAAAGAUUCUUAAAGGAUUUUCUAAAUUUUUACACUACUGAAGAUAAUGAAAUAACGAAAGAUAUAAAAACAGAAGUUGUAAAAGAAAGCCAAAUUUUUGAACAAGAUGUUGUUUGCGAUGAACUAAAUGUUACAGAAACUGUAUUAGCAAAUAGAAGAGAGAUCAUAAAGAAAGAAGAUGCGGAAGAAACGAAAGACACUGAAAAUUAUUUACAAGACGAAGAUGCUUUCUUAGAAGUAGUUGAUGGUCCAAAUAUCAACAAGUUCAGAGUUACCGAAAUGUGUUACGACGCUAUUGUAGUAACUGGUGCUACAUCCGAGUAUUGUAUGAUCUGUAAUCAAAUGUUUGUGAGAGAAAACCGUUUGUUACACGUGGACAGCAAGCUUCAUGGUCAAAAUUUGCGUCAAAAAUCGCUAGACAAGAACUGCGUUCGUAAGAUCAACAGCACCCAUCACCACUGCGUACUGUGUAACGAUUAUAUUACUGAAUAUGACUUACAUGUGAACAGUACGGAUCAUCUAACAAACUUUCGAAACAAGAUAAUGUAUAAACGUAGGAAAACAGUCCAAGAUAAUGAUAACUGUAAUGAAGAUAAGAAAUACGAUAAUUCCACAAAAUGCAGCGACGUUAGAAACAGCGAUGAAAAUAAAAGUUCAACAGGCGCAAAUAGGAACACGGCUCCAGUAAAUAAAGGAACUAGAAACAGUCCUGUGCCGAGUACCAGCUCCUCCGUCGCCAAAAACAGUAAUAAAACUGUGAAACUGAAUCCAAAUUCGUAUUUAUGUACGGUAUGUCAAGUUGAAGUUCCAAAUAAUGUGAAAAACAUCACAGCCCAUAAAAAAGGUAUAUCACAUAAUCAAAAAUUACGAGAAACUAAAGCUGGUAACAAUACUAAAGUUGAAGCAAAAACAAAUCUGCAUUACCAAAUGAAGAAAACUGAAAGAUUAAAUAUUGUAACUUGUAUUGUAUGUAACGUAGACUUGAUAUACAAUGAUAGAAAUAUUUUUAAACACAUUGAAGGAGAGAGUCAUGAGAGUUAUUAUAUUGAAUUUUGCGCAAGAAAUUUGUUAGUUCCCCGUGACAAAUUGCUCUACUGUUACGCAUGCGAAGUCAUCCCUGGUCCCCGCAACGAGAUUGCUCACUGCAGUGGCAGGAACCAUAAGUUCAAUUUAGAAAAGUUCGAUCGAAGUAGGUAAAAUAUUUUACAUAAGCCUUUUCUUCAAACAAGUUUUUUUUAAAUCGGCAGGUUAUCGGGGGAUAACCAUCGAAAAUAACAUUUGUAAUGGACUAUCUAUUAAAAUAGGAACAAAUUUAAA